AUGGACGAGGACAGCUUUACGCCCGAGGACAGGGCUAUCAUGGAUCACACAGACAUUGAUGUGUUCAUGUCGGACUACAGAUCACCGCCAGUUGGGAGAAGUCUGGAAGACCUACCCACCGAGCUCAUCGGCAUGAUCGCUGAGAAUCUCGACAAGAAAUCUCUGAGCAUACUACAAGCGCUCGGCAGUCGGACUAUAUUACAGGCCAUCGAUCAUGCUCUUCAGCUUGAAGAGUUCAGGGUUGUAGGGUUCGGGUUGAAGUGGCAGACUUGGCUACUGGGAACUCCAAAGUCGCUCUUCGAGGCUAUUUCACCUGCUUUACGCGGCUUAACGUCAUUGAAACUGGAACUCGACAUGGCCACCUUGAAGACUGAUGCAUACAUGUCAGCCCUCGUCAAGCUUAUCAAUACCAAUGCAAAUCUCCAAGCAUUGGCUUUGUCUGUUGGCGAUCAGGGUAUCGGUAAGUAUCAGAUCCGCAAUGAGAGUUGGGCUCCUCUGCUCCAGCUACUGGGCGGCAGUCCUCCAUUCCGCCUACGUUCGCUCCAUAUCAACGGACUCGUUACGAGCACUACUGCACCUACACUCGCGAGUAUCAUCAACGUACACUCCUCCACGAUCCGUCGCAUUGUCCUCAAGAACACGAACUUCCAUUACCCAAAUACCCUUCGCGCUUUCUUCAGGGCUUGCGCCAAUUCGGCCGUAAGCUACUACGAGACCGAGAACUUCUACUUUCAUGAGAGGACUAUGAUAGUAGGCAGGUAUCUUGAUGAUGAUGUUUUGGAGUACGACAAUGCAGAACUGCAUGAAGAUGUCAACAACAACCACUGUGACUCUGAUGCAUCCUGCCACGAUUGGGUAAAAGUGAAUUGGGACGGUUUUGAUGAGGAGGAUAAAUGGAAGUUGGUCUUCGAAAAUGAGCAAGGGCAGAAGCGGCGUAGCUACAUGUACGAUAACUUCAUGAACGUUGUGGACAUGGUCAAGGAGGGUAGUCUGAGAGACUCCUGA